GACUGCGUCCGUAUCCCCGCCCGCCAUGACAAUGCACCGGUUGUUGGCGCGAGCAUGCACUAGAGCUGCAUUCUCGACGCCAAACAGAUCAUUCGCAGCCAAGGCUUCCCCGCCCUUCCCGACGACACCAGUAUGCCCGGCCCCGAGCUGCCCAUGCGCCCCGACGCCAGACCUCCCAGAAGACCUCCCCAUAGACCACCGCGCGCCCCUCAACGGCCUCAUCUCUAACUACGCCCAGCAUGUGCUGGUCUGCACCGGCAAGGACGACUGGCCGUCGCGCAUAGAAGAGGAUAACAGCGGUGACAAUCUGGCAGCCGACCUGCGCGAGCUGGUUGGCCCCAAGGGCAAAUUCAACGAUCCCUUCCACAACAUCUCCGUCCUAAAUUCCUCCUUCCCCUCCUCCCCUCCGCCGAAACGACGCCCCGAACUGCAGACCAGUUCCGUCUACAUCCUCCCGCACUUCAAGUACGUGCCCUUUCUGCCGCGCGUCUCCUUCGACAGCGCCGAGGCGCUGGUGAAGGGGUAUUUGCAACCCGACACCCUGCAUCCGAUGCACGACGGCCUGUCGCCGAUUCACAGGGACAGGCUGCUGCGUCAACCGGCGUACCAGAGUUUGCUGUGGGGGGUGCGUGAUGUGAAAGAAGUGGUGGUGCUCAUAUGCGGGCAUGGCGGACGGGAUCGGAGGUGUGGAAUUUAUGGGCCAGUGUUGAGGGCCGAGUUUGAGAAGAGGUUGCCUGAGCGAGGGGUGGAGGUGUCGAAGGGGCCUGUGGAAGUUGAAGGGGAGGAGGGCGCUGCUGCUGCUGUGGAAGGGGCGGCGUCCGGGAGGGAGUAUGCGGCGAGGGUGGGGUUGAUUAGCCAUAUUGGCGGGCACAAGUUUGCGGGAAAUGUCAUCGUCUAUAUGCCGCCAACCCUGAGGACAGAGGACGGCCUGGCGCAUCCUUUGGCGGGGCAUGGCAUCUGGUACGGCAGAGUUGAGCCGAAGCAUGUCGAGGGUAUCGUGGGGGAGACCAUCUUGAAGGGGAGGGUUAUUAAGGAGCUGUUCAGAGGGGGGAUCAAGCAGGAUGGACAGAUCCUGAGGUUAUGGCCCUUCGCGGCAUUACUGAUUUUCGCUGCCGUCGUCGCCCUCGCUGACGAUGCGAUCCUCUCCGCCCAAUCGCCCCCGAAGCCACUCAACCAAGACACCUUUGUCCCCUUCACCAUUAUCUCGCGCGAGCAAGUCUCGCCUACCGCGUUUCUCCUCACCCUCGGGCCUGCUCCACCCAGAUCUCCCGGUGUGGAUGUCAUCAAACGGGCAUGGGAGCACGGCCUGUGGUCGGUCGAGGUAAAACAGCCUGAGUUGCAGGUCGCGCGGGAUUACACGCCCUUGCCGUCGUCGCCUUCUCUCGUAGGAGAGGCGGGGCCAGUUGAGGGGAAUGGGAGGUUGAGGUUGUAUAUUCGGCGGAUGGAGAAGGGUGAGGUGUCCGGGUAUCUGGCCAGGUUGAAGGUGGGGGAUACGGUGGAGUUGAGAGGGCCGAGGCUGGCUUUUGAUGUGAGGCGGAGGGUGGGGAAAAAGGUCAUCUUCUUUGCUGGCGGCACGGGUAUUGCGCCCGCUUUGCAGGCCGCCAGGGCGCUGCUUGACCACCCAGCGGUGGAGAUGGAGGUUGUGUGGGCCAACAGGCGGAGGGAGGAUUGUGUCGGCUGUGACGGCGGGGAGAAGAAGGGCCCGGUGGUUGCGAUGAUGGAGGAGCUCCGAACGCGAUACGGGGAGAGGUUCAGGUAUUCUUGUACUCUGGACGAGGAGGGCUCCACAAGUGUCAGGGCCGGCGCCGGCGCUGCGCCAGUCAACCUGGGGAUUGUGAAGCUGGUAGUCUCGGAUGAUAAGGACACUCCGGCGGGCGCAGACGGCCAGCGAUGCCAGUGCAAAGACGGCGAAGGCAAUCCGGUCAAAGGCGGGAAAAACCUGCUCAUGUUCUCAGGGCCGGACGGCUUCAUGGCGCAUUAUGUUGGCGCCAAGGUAUGGGCCGGCGGGAAGGAGCUGCAGGGGCCAGUCAAGGGCGCUGUGGGCGACUUGAAGCGGAAAUACCCAAGUUUUGGAGAGGACUGGCUGGUCUUGAAGAUGUAAUGGUUGAAUACUGUGAGUUAGACUAUACAAAAGGUGCACGGCCAUGUCCAGAGGUUAUUAAUCGAAGGCAAGUAAGUUCAUGUCCAGAUAGAGGUUGUCAGUUCUCACCAGAUCCCGUGAGAGAAUUCGGGCCAUGUUCACGGAAUUAGAGACGUUGGCUCCAAAG